GUCUACGAGCGCGUUGUUAUGUUCGCAUCGUGUGGUUAUAUAAAUACAAAUAGUUAAAGAGGGGCAGCGGAGAGCUCUUGCACUUUGUAAAAGGCGCGCUAAGCAGCAGCCAGUCUUCGCCGAGCGCCAUGGCUCGACACGCGUUUCUGUGUCUCGGUGUGUUAUUAGUUGGUUCGCUGGUAUGCAGUACUUCUCGUGUGAAGCGACAAGAUGACGACGGAGCUGGAGAUGAGCCGAACGCUGAUCAGUUGUGCGACGGUAGACCCGCCGAUGAAUAUUUCCGUCUCACCACCGAAGGUGACUGCCGCGAUGUCGUCAGGUGCGACCAGGGCCUAGAGAACAGCGUCACCAGGCUCGCCUCAGUGCGCUGCCCCGGAGGUCUCGCCUUCGAUAUCGACCGUCAAACUUGUGAUUGGAAAACGAAUGUUAAGAAUUGCGAUCAAAUAGAAAAGCCACGAAAAGUUUUACCAAUCUUGAAAACGGACGAACCUAUUUGUCCUGAAGGUAAAUUGGCUUGUGGCAGCGGAGAUUGCAUUGAAAAAGAAUUGUUCUGUAAUGGUAAACCAGACUGCAAAGAUGAAUCCGAUGAAAAUGCUUGCACUGUCGAACUGGACCCAAAUAGAGCGCCUGACUGUGAUCCUAACCAGUGCGUCCUACCUGACUGUUUCUGUUCUGCUGACGGUACACGUAUCCCAGGUGGAAUUGAACCAAAUCAAGUACCUCAAAUGGUUACUAUUACAUUUAACGGUGCUGUGAAUGUUGACAACAUCGAUUUAUAUGAACAAAUAUUCAACGGUAAUCGUCAUAAUCCUAACGGUUGUCAAAUUAAAGGAACGUUUUUCGUCUCACACAAGUAUACUAACUAUGCAGCUGUACAAGAAUUACACCGCAAAGGACAUGAAAUUUCUGUAUUUUCCAUAACUCAUAAAGAUGAUCCGCAAUACUGGACGAGUGGUUCGUACGAUGAUUGGUUGGCUGAAAUGGCCGGAGCUCGUCUUAUCAUUGAACGUUACGCAAAUAUCACUGACUCUUCUAUAAUUGGAGUUCGGGCGCCUUACUUACGUGUCGGUGGAAACAAACAAUUCGAAAUGAUGGGUGAUCAAUACUUCGUGUAUGAUGCAUCCAUCACUGCUCCUCUUGGACGCGUCCCGAUAUGGCCUUACACAUUGUAUUUCCGCAUGCCACAUAAGUGUAACGGCAACGCCCACAACUGUCCGUCUAGAAGUCACCCCGUUUGGGAAAUGGUCAUGAAUGAAUUGGACAGAAGGGACGAUCCCACAUUUGAUGAAUCUCUACCAGGUUGCCACGUUGUAGACUCAUGUUCAAACAUCCAAAGUGGUGAACAAUUUGGACGUCUUCUCCGACACAACUUCAACCGUCAUUACACAACCAACCGCGCUCCCUUAGGCUUCCACUUCCACGCCUCCUGGCUUAAAUCUAAAAAAGAAUACAGAGAUGAAUUAAUCAAGUUUAUCGAAGAAAUGUUGGAAAAGAACGAUGUAUACUUCACUUCACUAAUUCAGGUUAUUCAAUGGAUGCAAAACCCUACCGAAUUAUCAUCACUCCGUGACUUCCAAGAAUGGAAACAAGAUAAAUGUGACGUCAAAGGUCAACCUUUCUGUUCCCUGCCGAACGCCUGUCCACUAACAACUAGAGAGUUACCAGGAGAGACAUUACGUCUUUUCACUUGUAUGGAGUGUCCUAACAACUAUCCAUGGAUCUUGGAUCCUCAGGGCGAAGGAUACAACGUUAAGAAGUGAUCUCUUUAAGUUAUUUAAAAAGACUGUACACAUGUAAAUAAAUACUCAAUAAUUUUAUCAAUAAUUACAUUGCAACAUGUAAUAUUAUUUUGUCGUCGUAAAUUGAGUGUCCUUUCUAAUAUAAUUUUCCCACUUAAUUAUUUAAAAAUCCGAUGGUUACAGUACAUACAUGUAGUUCAUCAUUAUCUAACUUAAUUCCAAGCCCAAUGAUGUAUAAUCAUUAUAAUGUGUCGAAAGUUAGUCCACUCCAAAGUAAGCUCCAUUUUUAUUUUGAAGAAAAAUAAUAAUCAUCUUUGUUACAAAGAUAGGUAGACCUUGAUGUUUCUUUUUAGCGAGUAAGUUUUACAUUAUGAGUAAUAAAAUAAAUUGGUUAUAAA